AUGAUAAAUGUGUUGAUCAGAAAUCAAAUAGGACUUGAAUGGCGUUUAUCGCCGCGCUGCGUGGUGCGAUACGGGGAGGGGAAGAACAACAACAAAAAAAGAGCGCUGUCGCUACUCAAGAGGCGUCGUAGUUCGCGUUCCUCCCCCUCUCUGCUUUCACCUUUGCUCCAGACUUGGUUCUCGGGGCCUGCCUGCUCGCACCGGCCAUUAAAACGAGCGGGAUGUGAAUGCGGGGAAGCUCGGGCCGCCUGAAGCGCCGUGCGUUGCGGCGGGCGGCAGAGAGCGAGCUGCGCCAUCCCCCUCCCGGCCGUCUUUCCGCGCUGGGGCCGGAACUCCGCCGCGGCCCGCCGGACGCUGGGGGUGCCGCCCCGCGGAGCGCCGCCGGAAGGGCGGGCGGAAGGGGCGGGCGGCGGCGCGGCCCGCACCAUGGUGGCCACCAGGCGGGCGGCGCGGCGGCGGGAGGCGGGGGCGGCGGCGGCCGGGGGCGCCGGGCCCGGCGGCGCGACGGAGACAGUAUCUGCUGAAAUUGGUACUUCAGUAUCUACAAGGAUGUCCACAAGGAGUAAAGCAGUUUGUAAACCUGAUGUAAUUCGGGAAUCUCAGCUGGAAGAGGUGGACCAUGCAGGAACAAAACCAGAUGUCAUUGAUAGCACAGAGAUGCAGAUUAGUAGAAAUGAGAAUACAGCUGUUCAUUCAGCACAAUCAUCUGCCGAUCCACAGGCUGAUGGAGAUGUGUCAGAGGCAGAAUCAAACUGCUCUGCUGUGUCUGGUCUUCAGACACCUCUGUUUAUAAGAGUAACAAGAAGGCGACAAAUUGUAGUUCCUUAUCAACCAGCUUCUCCUUCCAAAAAAAGACAUAACAGGACUGCUUUUCUAAACGAGUUAAGCAGAACUGUAGAUGAAGAUGAUGUUUCUGAAGCUGAGUCUUCCUCCUCUGCUGUUUCUGAUGUCCGGAUGCCUAGUGUUACCAGAACUACAAGAAACAGGCAAAGCAGGAGAAAGUUGCAAUCAGAUCUAGUUUGUGAAGUCCAGAGUGAAGAUAUCUCUGAUGCAGAGUCAUGCUGUUUUCAUAUGGAGCCAUCCAUUGCUGCCAAACGAACUACUAGGAGCAUGCGAAUGAAACUGCAAGCAGAAAAUACUCAGCAUGCUGAGAAAGUAAACAAAAUUGUUUCAAAACCUGAGAAUGUAAUUGAGGACACAGUUAAUUCUGAGUCAGACCUAAUUUCUGACUCUAGCCCUGCUGCAGAAUGUAACACAGAAGUUGCUUCCUUUGUCACUGAGUGUAAUAAAGAAUCUGGUUCGCCUAAGAGCAAAUGUUCUCCCAAAUCUGCUAAUGUAAUCCUAAGUGAAGAUGUGAAACAGAACUUUUUGAAUGAUAUGGCACCCAGUAGUCCUAAAAAAAUGGAAGAAAAAAGUACUACUGAAUCACCAGUAAAAAAAGCAUUAACAGAUACUCUGGUUGUUGGGGUAGAUGAUUCAGAGGAAGAAAGUGGCCAGAUGCAGGAAGAGCGCAGUAAAGUACCCAGAAAGGUGACAUUGAAGAAUAUGGAUGUUUGUUUGAUGGACUGCAUGAGUCCCAAACUGUUUUUAGAAUCCCCAGGGAAAAUAACACCAAAUGAAAAUGAAGCUGUGCCAGGAAACAGAAGACUAGAUGCUGAAGCAGAUGUUCAGAGACCUUCCACCCAUGCCUGUGAAUUAAGAAAGGGUGAACAAUCUAGUGCAGUGAGCAGCUCAGGGAAGGAUGUGUCUGUUGCACAAAUGACUGAUAGCAUAGUUAGUAGCUGUAGAAUGGUUGGAAUCAGUGUAGACAGCAGUGAAGACCAAACAAGAGAACGUGCUGAAUUUGUAUCCUGCAGCAGCGAAAGAUCCAGUGAUGAAAAUGAUUCCUUUGCAUUGUUACUGAGCAAAGAUGGAAGUGGUGAAUCUGAGAACUGUGAUGCGACAGAAGAGAAUCUGAGUGACACAGAGGCAGAAGAGAGGACUCCUUCUGUGAACAAAUCUUUAGAAAAGAAUUCACUGCACGUUGAAGGGCUUUUUGUAAUUGAUACUGAGCCUGGCAUGGGUUCCAGCCAAAAGUAUUACCUAGAUCAGGUAGACCAUGGUAGUGAUAUUGAAAGUAAGCAUGAAGGGAGUGAAAAAGUUGAAGAAUCCUCAGAUCUAGAGGAGGCUGAAGAGGAACUAAUAGAUGAAGAUGAGAAAGAUGAAGAUGAUGACUUGAUGAAAAAUAAAAUUGAUGUUUUGCAUCUUUCCAGCAGCAUAGACCCUGGUUUGAAUAUCAGGAAGCUUGGAGGUUUAUAUAUUAGCUUUGAUGGAAAAAAACAAAAAGCUAGUUCAAGUGUAAUUAAGCAACUGAAGGAAAAAAAGAAGGACCAGCUCUUGCAGAAGAGUAUAAUAACCCCGGAUUUUGAAAGAAAGGAAUGUGUCCCACCCCUCAGGGAGUCGCUUCAGCAGCUAAAGAAACAGCGCAGAGCAGAGCGAGAGAAGACAACAGGUGAUGGCUGGUUUGGUAUGAAAGCCCCAGAAAUCACAAGUGAACUGAAAAAUGAUCUUAAGGUGUUGAAGAUGAGAGCUUCUUUGGACCCCAAACAUUUUUAUAAGAAAAAUGAUAGAGAUGGUCUGCCCAAAUACUUCCAGGUUGGAACUGUGCUUGAUUCUCCCAUAGACUUUUACCAUAGUCGAAUUCCUAAGAAACAGAGGAAGAAAACAAUUGUUGAAGAGCUGCUUGCGGAUUCUGAGUUUAGAAGAUAUAAUAAAAGGAAGUAUCAGGAGAUCAUGAGUGAAAAAGCAGCUUAUGCAGCAGGGAAGAAGAAUCGGAAGAAGAAGAAAUUUCACAAUUAAGACUUGAAGAAAAAUAACAAGCUGGAACUACUUAUUUGUCAUAAAUCUUUUCUCAGACUGCUUUGA